ACGACGCGUCGCGACGUCGUUCGGCUGCGUCUGCCCAGCAUCCCGCCAGAUGUCGCCGGCCGCCGAUUUCAUCUCAAAAUCGAUAGAAACGCGCCUUCGGACGUCGUCCGCCAGCCUCCAUCAAGUGUGCCGAGAGAGGAUGGGUCGCGAUUCCACAACCUGCACGAUCUCAAUUUUGCCGACGACGCGGCACUCUUACAUUUAAAUUCUCUCGUCGCAAACCGCGCCGUAAGAUAAUCCUAGUGUGCUGUGACAAAACCCGCGGAACUUGCAACUGUUUCUCGCCCCAGAAGAUCUAGAUAGCUGCGUAUGGCGUAAUUUGAGACGAAUCCGGCAAGAAAAUCUCCAAUAAUGCUCACUCCACGCGUCAGAAUACGUCUUCCGAAGACUUCAACCAAGAAUUCGUAGACGCAGACGUUGGUUCGCCAUGAGGUUCGCACUUCCAUUUCUGCUAUCUUUCCUUCUGCAACACGCAAAAACCGAAGAUGCCGCGACGACAGACGAUACGCAGCUCGCCAUCUUCAGAGAUGACGAUGUAUUCCGAGAUAUCUUCGGAAACAGGCGGGAUAUUGCUAGGAUCCGCUAUUUUAGAAGUAAAAGGAACGCUAUUGAAAGAAGUAUAUCGACGAUACGGAAAAAGCUGAACGAUGAGAAGAAAAAAGAAGAAAAGGAAUGGAUGGCAGCGGACGCAAAUCCUAGACUGGAACCUAACGAAACUGGAGCUAAGCUGGGCUUGGUAGAAUAUGAACAAGGCGAGUCGAAGCAAAGCCAACAAGCGUACAACAAGCGCAAGGACAAGAUCGUGCAACUGUUCAACAACAUCCGCACCAGACAGCAGGAUUUCGACCGGAACGUCAACUGCGAUUUUGAAGACAACUGCCUGUGGUCGUGGAGGAAGGACAUCGCGAACGGAUUUUUCAUUGCUUCCGGUCAUAAUGUCGGGGCCAACGAGACCGGCCCUAGGACGGACGCAGAAAACGGAGAGUUUGGGAGCUUUUUGUUGCUUCGUCUUCCCCAAGAAGCGACCGAGUUUCAAGUGAAGAGCCCCAUCUUUACACCGACGAUAUCAAAAUGCAAGUUUGCGAUACACAUCCACCAAGAGAAGAUGCAAGGAGGUCUGAUCAAGAUCAUCGGAGAAAAGAAAGAUUCACAGUGGAUUUUGAAAACUAUACCUGGAGACGACGCAAGAAAGUGGACAUACUACGAGCAAUCCGUGGGCCAAAUCUCCCAGAACUUCACCAUCAUGCUGGAAGUAGUCCCAGGCGAAAACAUGGCCAAAGGGGCGACAGUCGCUUUCGAUAACAUCAAGCUGUUCCACUGCUACGAAACCAUGGAUGAUUCGUGUUCACCGCAUCAGUACAAAUGCAAAAAGGGGACGAAGAUAUGCAUAAAUACCACGAGCAUUUGUGAUAUCACAAAGGAUUGCGAUUAUGGAGAUGACGAGACGCAGAAUUGCGACAUGAUGCCUUACGGCGCACGCUGCACCUUCGAAGACGACUGGUGUGGCUGGCAGAACAUCGAUAUCAAAGUGCUGGAAUGGGCGAGACACAACGGGUCCACGCCCACGCACCAAACAGGCCCGAACUACGAUCACACCUACAGAAACACGACUGGGAAGUACCUGUUCGUGAAUAUGCUGAAAGAGAACGCGAACUUUGCUUCUAUGGCGACGUUGAGGAGCGUCUACUUCAAUCCGCCGCCCAGAGUGCACGGAAACUCGUCUUCUAGGUUCUAUAAUUCUUGCGCGAUUCGUUUCUACCUCCACAAAACCGGCAAACAUCGAAGCUCAAUCCAGUUACAAGUUACCGAAAUGCGUCCCUCAGAGAACGUUACCAAAGAGAUGUUGUGGAGCUAUCGAGACUUUGGCGAUCAAUGGGUUAGACAGGUGUUUAUUCUGCCUAAUAUAUCCUGUAGAUACUUCUUGCACUUCGAAGCGAAGAAAGGCGUGCGGUACAUGAGCGACGUGGCGAUAGACGACGUCUCGUUAAGUCCAGAGUGUUUCGGUUUGAACAUACCGGAAGAGGAGCUGCAAGGUUACAACUAUUGGAACCCGGUGUGUCAGAACAUAGUGAAAGAGACCCACCAAGACUUUGUGAACAAAACGUACUACAAGAUAUCGACUUGUGGCGCGAAGGGAAGGUACGGGCCUUCGCAAAGUGACUGUAAUCGCGAAUACGAGAAUAACAAAGUGAGCGUUAGGGUUUUGAAGGAACCGGGACUGGAUGGUGUGCAGAAGUGGGUGGCGCCGAGAAGCGGAUAUUAUACAUUCAUUUUGGCUGGAGCAAGUGGUGGUAAAGGCAGUUCAGGAAUGGGAUCGUCUAGAGGCGCCAUGGUUCGAACUAUACUCAACCUGCAGUCAGGUCAAGAGGUAUUGAUGCUUGUAGGACAAGAAGGAAUGGAUUCCUGCAUCAAGAUGCUGGGCUCGCAGAAUAACUCAUCGUGCCAUUCUCAAAGUAACAACGGAACAUCGAUCAGGAUCAUCCUGAAUAUGGAUGUCAGUGAUACUGGCGGAGGGGGCGGUGGUGGAACGUUUGUCUUCAUGUUUAAUAGACUGAAGGAAAAAGUACCUUUGGCUGUUGCUGGAGGAGGUGGAGGCCUUGGGAUUGGUAGAUUUAGCAUCGAGAAUGUGCUGCAACAUGGACAAGCCAUUAACAUGUCUAGGCCACCGUAUACUGGACAGGCUAGCGGUUUGAGGUUCGGAGGUGGAGCCGGUGGGGGCUGGGCGAUGUACACGGGUGGUUUGACAUCUCCGCUGAACAAAGACAUGACAGGUGGCGCUCUAUUAUCAGGCGCUAUCGGCGGGAAAGCCUGCUACAACUCCACCGAUCAACGAGGAGACGGAGGAUUUGGGGGAGGAGGAGGCGGUUGCAAAUAUGGAGGAGGUGGUGGUGGAUACUCAGGCGGAGAUGCGCCCGCGGUGAACUCCACCAGCGGCGAAGGCGGAUACUCCUACAUAGACCCGACAAAGACAAUGAUGAGGCUUUCGGAAGCCAAAGGAAGCCACCAUACAGGAUCCGGUUACGUCGUCAUCAUCCCUGAUACGAAAGGGUGCAACUGCGAUUACAAAUGUGUCGCUUUGGACGCCGAGAGGUCCGAGGUGACUUGCAUAUGUCCUCACAACUGGAAGUUGAACGACGAUAAGAAAACUUGUAUAGCUGAAACUAUAACCCAGGUGGUAGAGCCUUAUCCAAAAUGGUUCGUUGUUGGACUUAUUGUGACAAUCCUCUGUCUGAUAGCCGCAUUUGCAGCAGUGUGUUUCAUACUAUAUAACAGGUAUCAGUUGAAGGUGUCCGGAAUGAAAAGAAGGAAAAUCAUUUCUGGAGCAGACGUUCAGCUGGACAGAUUGAGAGGAGUCGGAUCUGACAAUAUGAUGACCGAGUAUAAUCCAAAUUAUGAAUUUGGAGGCGUUGUUUAUACGUUAAAGGAUCUGAAGGACAUCCCAAGGGACCAACUGCGAUUGGUCAAGGCUCUAGGACAAGGAGCCUUCGGCGAAGUGUACCAAGGUUUCUACCGACAACGACCAUGCGACACAGUCGAAAUGCCCGUAGCUGUAAAAACUUUACCGGAAAUGUCCACCUCGCAAGCGGAAAUGGACUUUCUCAUGGAAGCUUUGAUCAUGUCAAAGUUUCACCAUCCGAAUAUCGUACACUUUAUUGGAGUGUGCUUCGGGAAACAUCCAAGGUUCAUCGUGUUGGAACUUUUGGCCGGAGGGGACUUGAAGAAUUUCCUCAGAGAAUCCAGGCCUAAACCAGAAAGACCUAGUCCACUAUCAAUGAAAGACCUAAUAAUGAUAGCAAUAGACGUAGCAAAGGGCUGUAAAUACCUCGAAGACAAUAGGUUCAUACACAGGGACAUCGCUGCAAGAAACUGUUUAUUGACAACCAAGGGCCCAGGAAGGGUUGUUAAAAUUGCCGACUUUGGAAUGUCUAGGGAUGUUUAUAGAUCUGACUACUACCGAAAAGGUGGUAAGGCGAUGCUUCCCAUAAAAUGGAUGCCUCCCGAAGCGUUCCUGGACGGAAUCUUCACCAGCAAAACGGACGUUUGGUCGUUCGGGGUGCUCCUGUGGGAAAUUAUGUCCAUGGGGUACAUGCCGUAUACAGGCUGUGCAAACAGGGAUGUUAUGCAGUUGGUUACUAGCGGAGGCAGGUUGGAUCCGCCAGCUAACUGUCCAGAUCCAGUGUAUGGGAUAAUGACCCAAUGCUGGCACCCCGCGCCUGAACAAAGGCCCAACUUCGGCACCAUCCUCGAACGAUUAGGGUACUGCGCGCAAGAUCCGCAAGUGAUGAACGCGGCGUUGCCAGUCUUCCAACGACCGCCUCCCUACGAACGAGACACGACUGUCAUGCGGCCUAGCGGAUCCGAAGAGAACAACUGUCUGCAGGUGGUACCUACAUCCUCAGAUUACCUCAUACCGAAUCACACGGCCCCCACGACUCCCGAUCAGAUCGAGUCGACCUCAUCGGUGGAAAAGUUGUUGCCUCCCGACAGUUCCUCGAACAAUUGGGAGACCUCAUUCAUUAUGCCGCAUUCGAGGUCGACACAACCUCUGCUUAUGGCCGAUAACAAUAAGGACGAUGAGGGUGCCACGUCUGUGGACAAACUGUUAUCCAUCACGCCGUCGGAAAGCGACGACGUCGCCAAAUCCUCGCCCAACUCAGUCCCAGUCGGUAACAUCCUGACACCGACGAAUAACAACAACAACGUCGCCCGCCCUACCGCGGACCAAGCUCACCAGGCGGCGCUGAAGUCGGGCGUCGCGCUGGACGCCGGCGCGCUAGCAAAACAGGCGAUGGCGCAGAACAAAAAGUAUCAGAACGUGAAUCCCGGUGCCGAGGCGAACGGGAUCGAUGCGUUCCACGCUGGCACGCUUCCGGUUGGCCAGCAGAAUAAGUACCAUAACGAACCGGAGAUCAACUGCUAGACGAUUCGGACACAAAACAGGUAUCAUGGACAGCUUCCUGCUAAAAAAUCCCUCGGCCAGUUACGAUAUAAGUGACAUUUUUCGGUACAAAAGACGACGAAGUCGUUAAAUCAACAGAUCUUCCUCGAUAUUAGAUACGGAAGACAAAACUUUGAUCACAAUUCUGAUGAUUGAAAAAUGAUACAGCAUAAAAGCUAAUUGUAUCAAAAUUUGUCAUUCUUAUUAUUGUGUAAGGAGAAAAUGAGAAAGAUUUCUAAUUGGCAUUUACCAUCAUUCCAGUCGGUUGCAACAUUUUUGGAAAUGAAUAGCAACAAUCGAAAAUCUAAUAAAUGCCGAGGAAUAUCAAUUACGAAUGAAAGACAAAUAUAAAAGACAUCCCGAAUUUAUACAUGAGCCAUCUUUGAAACGUUGCUCAAAUUAUUUUCUUCGAAAGACAAUAGAUAUAAAAGACAUAAGCGACCUGGGAUGAAUUUGUCUGAUUCGUUACUAUCUGAUACGAAUUUUCUUAUUUGUGUGUAAAAAUAGUCAUUUUCAUCAUUUAGAUACCUUACAUUGCUUUAUACAUUCAUACUUGUUUCAUUUACUAUACACUGAUACGGACUCUUUAAUCAAUUUAGUUUUAUACACGGUCUUCCCAAAAAGGUGAGACAAAAAUUCAAGAGGUGAUUCUUUGGACUUUUUCAAGACCGUGCCAUUUAAAUUUUGCCUCAUAUUUUUGGACACGACUUGUAUGAUUGAACGAGCUAGUCUGUCAACGUAUUUCAAAUUGAAAACAUAAUCUAGUCGCUAGAAAGAUUUUUAACAUUUAACUGUGUAUAGGUUGUGGAGUAGCAGAAAAAGGCUCGAGGUGCUUUUUCUAAAAUAAGACACGUCCUUUGAGUGAAGAAAGGUGAUACGUUUUGAAAAUACUUUGCAAAUUUACUGUGAUUAUGUUAGGUUGUUGUAUAGUUCAGAAUCAUUCUGACAUGUUAAAAGAAAUCUUUUUAUGAAAGCUUCUUCUGGAUACUUUAUGAAGUUGGGGUAAGAAUUAACAGGCACAAAGAUCAAACUAUAUUGAUGAUUUUUUUCGAUAUCGUUACACUCGGAAUUUUAAAAGACAUAAAGAAAUACACUAGGAUUGUAAAUAUAUUUAUCAUGACUGUAUAUUAGGAUAUUGCGCUAAAAGUAUGUGCCAAAGUUGAAGGAAUAGGAUUUAGUUUGAUAUUUGCAGGGUUUUUCCAAACAUUUUUUGCUGCUAUAUACGUAUAUUGUCGUACAGGGUGUCCCAAUGAAUACAAAAGUGGUACUCACAACAAUCAAGGAAUGAAAUAUUGACACGGAUUCGGCUGGGACACCCUGUAUACUUUACUUUGUUAUAUCAUACAUAUAUCUAUUGAAGAGAUGAGAGGUUUUUCUAUGGAACACAUGGUAUUACUGUUAGAUAUAAGCACAUAGAAAAAUAUACAUCUGUAUAUUUAUAUACAGGGUAAUGUGUACAAUUCAUAAUUGCAUUUUUGUGUUAUUUUAUAUGUGUGCAAGCCCUGUAUUUUUAAUGUUACGUAUUUGUAGGCUUGACAAUUUUUGUUUGCGACAAAAAAGGAUUUUUUUUUAUAUACAGGGUGUUCGAAAAAUGUUUUCAAGAUGAAUGUAAAUUUUUUUUAUUAAUAUCUCAAAAAAUAUUUAGUUGAUUCUGUUAAAAUUUGAACUGACCGGCAAAUGUCACACCUCCACGCAGAAAGGCUCUUGUGAUUUUUUUAGCAAAAACUAGCCAAUUUUGUCCAGUGACAUUCAAUAAAACGGUUUUUUUGUCGAAAACGAAAUAAGAUACGAAAAAAGACAAACAGGAAAAGAAAUUGUAUCUUUAGAUGCUUAAUGAAAUAUCGAAUAUUUAGGUUACACAGAGGGCAGCGGCGUGCAUGUUUUUGUCAAUAAUAUUCGCUAAGGUGCCCCCGGGACGCCCCUGGUCCUAUUUAGGGAUAAACUACCCUCUUGAUACAACAAAUAAUUUUGCAAAAAAUCAACAAAAUCGAGUAAAUACUUUUUCAGAUAAUGAUAUAUUUUUUUAAUGACCCUUUUCCUGCAUUUCCGGACCCAUGUUUAUUGGAACUUUUUUCAUAUUUUUUGAAAACUUCUACGUCUAUUUUUCCUUAGAGGGAAAAUAUAUCUGUGUCUGAACCUCACCUCAAGUUAUUCAACCCCUGUGUUAAAAACUACCCGUAUCCCAAAUUAGCGACUUGAUGUUUUUUUUUUUAGAUAUGAAAAAGUUUCUGUUUUGUCGCAAACAAAUGUAGUUUUUUAUAUGACUGAACCUGAUAUGAGUAAAACAUAGUAUCUUGUAAGCAAACUUUUUUGUUGUAAAAACUUUUGCGCACCGGACCCCAAAUUAUCGAUACCAAAAGGUAUACACUUUUUACAAUUGACAAAGCAGAUCACAAUAGUUUAUGAUACGCUUAAAGGCAUACAAGGCUCUUUGGGAAAAAUAUAUCAAACGAAACUGUCGGUUUUUUUUAGAUCAUGACUAUUUUUUUUUUCUUUAAUAAAAUAUAUCGAAAUAAUAUUCGUAAGUUUAAGGGGUGAUUCCUUGCAUUAUUCUAAGCAAGAAAGUUCAUUAUAACUUAUGUCCGAAAAUGAAUGGUUUUCGAGGAAAGUGAGUCGUAAAUAAUUACAUUUUCUCAAACAUUUGGCAACGCUGCAACGCAACCGCGAUACGAGCGCACGACGAUCGCAACUAAUUCAUCGAAUUGUUUACGUUCAGAUGAUAUUUUUGUUCAAAAUAUGCCUUGAAUUAUUGAAUACUUUUACGCAAUUUUUUGUGGCUAACAUUUUUUAUUUAAUAACGCUUUCGGUACAGUACAUUUACUUAAAAAAUGACAGAAUUUCGCGGUAAGUGGCGAUACACACCACCAAUUCCCACGAUUAUCGGUCAAUUAUUUGAAACGAUGCGAUGUACGAAAAAAGAAACGCCCGUAAAUCACAUAAAGUUACAACACGCGAUGAUACAUACAGAGUACGACGUUGCCAGUUGUGUGAGGGAUUUUUUUUGUCUGUGUUUCUUCGGAAAAUUAUUUUGUUAGAAACAUGUAUUUAUUGAUUGACAUUUUACGCUAUUAGGCAUAUGAAUUUGAAUUAUUAAGGUGCAAAUUUAAUUUAUUUCAUGACUAAAAAGUUCAGCAUUUUUUUGCUCCGAACAUUCGGACAUAACGUAUAAUGAACUUUUUUGCUUACAAUAAUUCAAGGAAUCCCCUCUUGAAGUUACGAAUAUCAUUUCCCUAACACCCUGUAUGUGUACAAUGUUAAAAACCAUAUACGUUUUUCGUGUAGAAAAAUACGUAUUAUUGUUUGGUCAUGGAGAUAUAUUUUUUCUAAAAUGCAUAUGCCAAAAUAUCUUGCCUCCAAUGCAGAAGUAGAAGAGUCACAAUUCAACGAUUUCCUCAAAGUAAGUCAUGUGUAGAGCGGCAUCCUCAAACUUAAAUUAAAACUAACUCGACAACGAUGCUCUGGAGACUCCAUAACGGGCUAAUUCGGACUGUGUGUAAUUGUGACAUACUUCAGCAGGUACAGCUAGUACCUUCCCGAAAGUUUCCUAAACGACACAUUAACAAUCGUUUUGCUUUUUAGUGAACAUAUAUAUGAAUUAUGGUUGUGUAUAGUGCACUUUUUCAUUGAAUAAAUUCUAUUAUUCAGAGCUCAACGAAACCCCUUUUCACUUUAGUACAAUAAUGCUAUCGGUUGUGUAUUCGUUCGUAUGUUACUUACGUUGUUGUUGAUUUUACGCGUGCGUGUUUUUUGUAAACGUUUAAAUGAUUAAAAAGAGAAUGCUUUAAGUAAUACUAAGGACUGUAAAUACUGAUCGUACCUUAUCUAUAAUUGGGAUGUUUAUAUGAGGACCCCUUCUUCGGAUCAGUAAUUUCAUAGCUAACUUUGUUUUUGCUUACUGUAUAUAAAGCAUUGGGCGUAACACUAUAGUUAUAGGCCAGUCAUUUUAGGAAAAAAUUAGAUUGUUUUUAUUUCCAGUAUUGUUUUGACGCUAUCAAGAUUUGCGUCAAAGUCAGUAUAAAAGGUGUAAAUACAUGGUGUCCCAACGAAAACGAAAAGUGGAAAAUAUAUCAAAAAUCUGUUUUCCUAGAAACCUUGAUGUGUAUUUUGAAAUUAUUUUAAUAUAUUCCAUAACUUCAUGGCAUAGCAAACAUGUAUUUUUUACAUGUAAUGUGCAAGUUUUAUUGCAUAUUUGGAUAGAGCUUCUUAGAAGUUUCAAUUGUUUGGAUGAUAUUCAAUGAAAUGUUUGAAAAAAUUCCCAAUUACCUCUCACAGCUGCGCCAUUUUUGAAAAUAUUCUGAUAAAUUUUAGUCCACAAAAAUUUUAUUAUCAUCGAUUUUAAGCAAUGCUAAGAUGUUUUUCUAUUUUAGAUGGAACACCCUGUAUAUUUCUGCAUCAUUAAAUAGAUUUCUUUAUGAACUUUUUUAUAUGGUUUUUCCACUUUUUUCGAUCAGUUUUCGAGUUUUUGCUAUUGAUUCAAAGAAAAAAUUCACAUUAGGCUUAAACUCAGGUCUCCGAUUAAAACAAUGAUCAAUUGGCCAGCGAGAUCUACCGAUCUAACGCCUCUCGACUUCUUUCUCUGGGGACGUGUAAAAGGAGAGCUUAACCAGACUUACCUAUUUUAUUGAUAAACGAUUUGACUUAUGUUUAAAAACAAGAUGCAUUUCGUUUCUGUUGAAAUUAGUGGCAAUACUCGAAAACGUUUACAUGGUGUUCCGUUUGAAAUUCUUGAAAAAAAGGCACAUUUUGCGGUAUAAAUGAAAAAAAUUCAGAAAUCCAGAUUUUUCUAAAUAUCGUUAAACAUGGUGGAGCUCGAGCUCUCAAAGCUGGACAUUUCGAUCAAUACGUUAUAUUUAAUCAUGCUUCUUGUUUUUAGAAGCUCUAUCCAAAUAUGCAAUAAAAUAUAGGGUGUUUUUAAAAAAAAAUAUAUGUUUGCUAUAGCACGAAGUUAUGAAACACCCUGUAUAUUCUAAAUAAUUUUGAAAUAUGCACUAGUAACAUACAAAGUUGCUACGACAGAUUUUCGAUAUCUUUUUCAGUUUGCUAGUAAAACUACUUUCCAUUUUCGUUGGAACGCCCUGUAUAUAAAGAUCUGUGAACGUUUGAAUUCAAAAAGUUGGAAAGUACCUAACUAUAGAGUUUGAAUGUUUUUUUCAGUUUUGAUUAUAACACAUAGUCAUGUUUGAUACUAUAUUCAUAUCGAAAUGAUUGAUUCAAAACCUUAAAUGACUGGGCUAUAACGAAAAUCAGCACUAAUUCUCGUACCAUAAAUGUAGCGUCGCAUAAAGACUGUUUAUAUUAUUUUCGAGGCAAUUACGGAUCCGAAAGGAUGAGUUCCUUUCCAAAAAUGUAAUAUCCGACAAAAUAAGUCUGUUGUAUGUAUUUUAGAAAUUUUCGGAAUAUAUGGAACAUACUGGAUUUGUUAUGUUACAUGGAAUAUAUAGGUGUUACAGUAUAAAAGA